AUGAAUAUAGAUGAGGCACAUUUGCUUUUUGAUGAUAAGAAAGGUCAUGAGAGGAAAAGUUUAAAAAUAAAUCUGUUGAAUCUGAUGGUUGUUGUGAAAGAAGAAGCAAUUUCAGAGAUGAGACGAGAAUUUGAUCAAGAAAAUGAUUUCGUCUCUACAAAACAAUGUGAAUGUAGGAAUGGCAAUCAAUUCUGUGGAGAGUCUUCAAUAAUAUCAGAAGAAAAAGUAUUUUAUUUUUUAUUUUUUAUAUUUCUCAUCGUUAUGUCAAAAGCAAGCAACAAGAGUGGAUCGGAUUUUAAAAGCGAUUGCAGAGAAUAUAUCAACGAACAGUAA